GCUAGUUGCAUGGGCCACAGUGUGUUUUUUUGUGUGUGUUUCUCUUUCAACAGUCGAUAUUAUUCCCUGGAGAAUCUACAAACCCCUCUAGGCCUGAGACAUGACAGAACCCGCCCUCCCACUUAAAGUGCUCCCAGGCAAGGACGUCCCAGAGCCAG